GGAAGGUUUGGAAACUCCUUUCAGCAUACUAAACGUUCGCCAAGGCUUCCUGUUAUCCCUGGAGUUAAAAACAGAGAGCCAUCAUUGAAUCAACUCUUAAAAUCGUGUAACUCUUCGGGGCUGAAACUGCACUCUACUUGAAGCCUUAUUGGAGAAAGAGAAGGAGAGAGGUUGAGUACACACUUCCACGGGAAGGUCUGGAAACUCCUUUCAGCAUACUAAACAUUAACCAAGGCUUCCUAUGUGAGCGCUGGAGUUUGUCCUUUUGCUGCUGGCUGAAUUUCCAUCUCGUUUGACCUCUAAGCCCGUCUCCAGCCCGGCACCGGCUGUGCCGCAGCGAAGGACAUCGGUAGCGAGGACGGGACAGCGGGGCCGGGACGGUGCCCGGGGCUCUCUGUCGGCGGGAGGGAGGCAGGGCAGCUCCCGAUCCCCGCACACGCCCAGCAGAGGAGCGCCGCGCGGCGCGCCCCGUGCGGGAUGUCGGGGCGGCUGGUCGCGCUGUGCGUGUGCCUGUGCUCGGUGUCGGCGCUGCGGCUGACCCUGCUGCACACCAACGAUGUGCACGGGCAGGUGGAGGAGCAGGGGCCGCGGGGAUGCGCGGAGCCCGGCUGCUUCGGCGGAGUGGCGCGGAGGGCGGCGCUGGUGGCGGCCGAGCGGGCUGCGCACCGCAAUGUGCUGCUGCUGGACGCCGGGGACCAGUUCCAGGGCACGGUGUGGUUCUCCCGCUUCCAGGGACGGGAGGCGGCACACUUCAUGAACCUCCUGCGCUACGACGCCAUGGCUCUGGGGAACCAUGAGUUUGAUAAAGGUGUGAGUGGAUUAUUGGAUCCUUUUCUUAAAAAUGCUAAUUUUACAGUCCUGAGUGCAAACAUUAAGCCAAAAACCCCAUUAGGAAAUGAAAUGAUGGAAUAUGUUAAUCCUUUUAAAAUAGUAUAUUUUGACUCGGAACCAGUAGGAAUUGUUGGCUACACUACAAAGGAAACUUCCUUUCUUUCACAACCAGGAGAUGAUGUAAUUUUUGAAGAUGAAAUUGAAGCAUUGCAAGAAAAGGUGAAUGAUCUUACUGCUAUGGGAGUGAACAAAAUAAUUGCACUAGGACAUUCUGGUUUUACUGUGGACAAAAAUAUUGCCCAAAAAGUGAAAGGAGUGGAUGUUGUAAUUGGAGGACACACAAACACAUUUCUCUAUACAGGCACCCCACCCUCUACGGAAAAGCCAGCUGGCCCGUACCCGUUCAUGGUGGACUCAGAUGAUGGGAGGAAGGUGCCAGUGGUACAAGCUUAUGCUUAUGGAAAAUAUCUUGGUUACUUAAAUGUUACAUUUGAUGAGAAAGGAAAUGUAGUAGAAGCAGUUGGCAAUCCCAUUCUGUUAGACAACAGUGUUCCUGAAGAUGAGAACAUUAAAGAAGAAGUGGAAAAAUGGAGGAAAGACCUGGGGGAUUAUUCUAAGGAGAUUGGAAAAACUAGUGUUUACCUGAAUGGUACAAGCCAAGCAUGCCGUUUCCAAGAAUGUAACAUGGGAAAUUUGCUUUGUGAUGCUGUGCUUUAUGAGAAUGUUGGAAGUCCAGAUAAAAAGUCAUGGAACCAUGUUUCAAUAUGCAUCCUGAAUGGAGGUGGGAUACGGUCACCCAUUGAUGAGCAGAGCACUAAUGGUAGCAUUACUGUGGAAGAUUUGCUGUCUGUUUUGCCAUUUGGAGGUCGUUUUGAUCUGGUAAGGAUUAAAGGCUCCACUCUGAAAGAAGCUUUUGAGCACAGUGUGCACAGAUACGGAGGAGGAAGCGGAGAGCUGCUGCAGGUUGGAGGCAUCCGCGUGGUCUAUGAUAUCUCCAGAGCCCCAGGAAGCAGAGUCGUUAGCUUAGAAGUGCUUUGCACAGCCUGCCGAGUCCCAGCCUACGUCCCACUCCAGAUGGAUGAAAUAUACAAUGUGACUCUUCCAUCCUAUAUGUUAGAUGGAGGAGAUGGCUAUAAUAUGCUGAAAGACAAAAAUCUGGGAUACACUAAAGGUGAAUCUGAUAUUGAGGUUGUUUCCCGUUACCUCCAGACAGUGAAGAGAGUUUACCCAGCAAUUGAAGGUCGAAUAAAGUUUUCUUCUGGACGCCUUAUUGAAGGAAGUUUGACGUUGAUUUAUGUAUUGUUGACUGUAACAUUCUUGCAUUCUUGAUUUUUGCUUACUAUGUUUUUUUGUAUAGAGGAAGGCAGGAGGAGAGAUGGUGCUGACCAAGGGAAAAGAGAACUGUUCUCUUUUCUUACGAUUUAAAAUGAAUGAGCAUUUAGGUAAGAAGCACAAGCUUUAAUGUGGUAAAGUCACUGAAGAAUGGUGCAGAAUGAGUGGGCAGAAUUCAUUACUUCUCUUAAUUUGAAUCAGCAGGUACAAAGAAACCUGCAUAACCCACUCUUCAAUUUGAUGUUUCAAAAAGCAAAAUACCAGUGGAAACUAAUCUCCAUCAUAAAACAACCACUGACCCAAAUGGGAUAUUUUUAACUUGUCCAACUCUUCUAGCUGCUUUAGCCAAUUGAUUUAGCUAGUUGAUUAAGAAUCUGAUGCGAGUUAUGUAAACAAGCUUCUAGAAAUGGAUUUAUUAUAGGUUUAUUUACCUUUCUUUCAUUGCCAUUAAAGGUUAAAGCUUUCAAUCUAAUAAUUCUACGUUGCUUCCAGUCAUAUUUAUCAUAUCUACACCAAUGCCUGAAAGAGCUGGUUUAAACUCCGAGUCAUUAAAAGCAUUAGGUCCAUUUACAUGCAAUUAAAAAGUUCUUCCAUUUUACUUUUGAAGAUGCAGCAUCUCACUUGUGUUUUCCAUUAAUAAAGGACAGAAUGGAGACUUGAUUUGGAUCAGUUUUAGCAAAUUAAGUAUAUAUACACCUCGCUAUUUGAUAUGACCAGUUUGGGGACAGUAUGUGGAGUGAGAACACGGUCUAUGGUUACGUUUCAUACAAAUAUGCUCAAUUUUACACCUUUUUCCAAAGACCAAAGCACAGGAUUCCUGACCAUUACUCUGCAUCAGGAACAUUCAGAGAUAAUGUUGGAUAUGGGCAUUGACUCCUGCAGCACUGUGGCAACCUUUGGAAGUUGUCCAGUAAUGUGGCUUUUCACACCAUAACCUGGCUUUAUCAUAAUUGUGACCCUAACUCAAAAGCCUGUCUUUUCUAGGGAAAGGCUGUGCUUAAAAGAUACACGGUUGUUAGAGAGAAACUAAUGAGUACAAAAUUGGAUUAAUUGCUAAGUGUACAUUUCUGACACUUUAUCAAGAAGCAAUUGCUUAUAAAUGACUGCGAAUAAAUAUUAUUUUUCUAAGAUCAUUCACUUUUGGAAUUUUGACAUCAACAUGUUUCCGUAUUGUUUAUGGCUGUAUUUUCAAUGUUUUGAAUAAACCUGCUUUGUUUUUCUGGAAA